GGAGACAGAAACAGUGUGGGAGGGGAAACAGAGACAGAUGAAAUAACUUGUCAGAGAUCACACAGCAGUUAGUGGAAGAGCCAUAUGUAUGGGGCUCAGAAGAGUUGUGCUAACCCCUGGGCAACACUACCUUGAAUACCAGUCCCCUCUCAUGUCGUCCUUCAGGGAUACAACGCAUCCUGCAGAACCUAAUUUUGAAGCCUUGCUCUGCAGUCUGCACAGGCUGCAGCUUUAAUUCACGGCUACUCUAUUUCCUGUUCUGUCGCUGUUCUGCGGUUUCACUAUUAACAUCAAAAUUGAAGGGAAAUUCCCUGCCCCCAAAGUGCUCCCCAUAAAUUUUUUCGGUUGAAACUCACAGACCCAAAUGCCACGCAACAGCAGAGAGGCAAACGUAAGGAGGAGACCCGGCACGAGCAGGGGAUGUUUCAUCAGACGGAUUAACCGAGCCCCUAAUUAUGGAGCUAGAGUUUAAACUUUCAGAACUGAGCUGCAGAAAAAAACUGGAAAUUAUGACAAGAAGCAAAGCUGAUUUGCGUAGUUAUGCUAAUGGAGAUGCAUGAGCCCUUCAAACGACAAUUGAAAUUGAAGGGAAAUUCCUCUGAGCAUUGGUUUUAUUUCCUUUUCUUCUCCCCCGCCCCGCAGUAAUUGGUGCAAACAGCAAAGUCAAAUCCACAAUAUGGCAGGUAAGGCAAGGAAGAAUGUGCUAAAUAUAAGACAAAGAUAUUUUUCUUUGUGGCAAAACUGUUUUGAUAUGGAGUAACCCGUGGGCCAUGAACUAGAUUUCCACUUGCAUGGUAUUAUAGGAGGAGAUUUUCAAAAGGCACAAAGGGCAGUUUGUGUCCCAAUUCCGGCUGAAGAAAAGAAUAAAUCAUUUCCUAGUUCCCACAUAUGCCUUUGGCAACCUUCCCGUUUCAUGUCUGUCUCCCUGGAGUCAGUUUGCUGCUAUGCUACUGCAUGGCAUUAGUGGUCACAGGUGGGAUGAAAUUCAUGACUCCCCACGGGUUGAUGGUAAUGGUUCAUGGGUGAUGCAAAAGCAAACCUUCCCCCCACAGAGGAAGCAGCCCUAAACAUAUCUGAAUGACGGCUUUAUUCUGCGCCCUCUUCAAAUCAAUGAGGAAACUCAAGUCUGGCAGGUUUGUCUUUAGUAAGGGUAAUUACAAACUUCCCACUUUUAAUUACUGAGAAGCAGCAUGGCCUAGUGGCUAGACUGCCGGGCUAAGAGUCAGAAGACCUCAAGUCUAGUCCCACUGCUGCCACUCCCUGACCUUGUGACUUUGAGCAAAUCACUUCCCCUUUCUUCCCCCACCCACUCUUUGUCUUUUCCUGGUAGAUUGCAAAUGCACUGGGGGAAGAAACUGCUUCUUAUUAUGUGUUUAUACAGUGUCCAAUAUAAUGGGGUCCUGAUCUCUGUUGGCACUGUUGCAAUUCAAAUAAAUAAUAAUCAUAUCAGUUGCAACAGCUCCUCCUAAAAAAAACUGCAUCAUAGGGCCUGCCUGGCUCCUUGCUAGUGUUUCUUCUUUAGUAACAUACAGGGCUAAUCAUUUUAUACUAGUUUUUGGUUUCCGUUAGCAAGGCACUGGAGAAAUGGAAGAAGCGUUUUUCCAGCUUUACCAAGAAUUCACACACCUGCAAGAUUUAUGUGCAAAGCAGGCUGAGCUGCUGCAGAAGUUGACUGUGAAGAAGGAACCAAUGACUGUUCCUACAUGGCCCAACGCUGCAGUUCUUCGGGACCAGCCACAAGAUGCAGACACGGUUUCUCAUUUUGCUAUUAAGUACCCCCUGAGUGCAGCAAACAACGGCUUGUCAAGCGGCGCCAAGGGGAAGGCAGAUUUCGCAAUAGCACUUUCCAGCCAGAACCACCACAAACCGCACGUGGGCAAGAAGGCGGCUUGUGACACGCUGUUGAAAAAUUAUACGAAGUUUCCUGCCUUGAAAGCGGACAAGGAAAAAUCCACAGCCCCUCCCAUACCUCCAGAGCUUGCUACCCUAAAUCCAGAGGAUGUAGGCUCCUUUCCUAGUUUCUUGGAUCUUUAUGAAGCACCACAGGAUUUACAGAUGGAAAGUACUUCCCUUCCAGCUGCAGAAAUUAAAGUUCCUAUAGAAAUACGAGGACCCACGCAGACUUCCUGGACUCCAGGAUGGGCAGUAGAAGACAGUCCACUUGGUCACAGCGGGGAUUGUGAACUCCAAGGGUACUCUGCAUACACAGACCUGUGACUUUUGCCAAGUCAUUUUCGCAGCUGGGGAAACAGCACAAGGAGACUAUUACAAGCAUCUCAUAGCUCAUAUCGAAUAGGAUUGGUAUCAUCAGGUACUUGUAACCCAGCUUACAGAGGAUGGCUUUCUGUUUAUGAGCCUACUGUAGAGUGGUUGGAAUAAGUGACGUCUUGACUCAGUGGCUGAACUGAAAGGUUGUGAAAAGAAUUUUUGGUUUGGGUUGACCCAAAAUAAAAACGUUUCAAUGUUUCCAGCAAAGCUCAAAAAGUCAAAAAAGAAUUUGUUUUGAAUGGAAUGAAACAUUUUAUUUAAUUUCUGAGUUUUUAUUUUUUAAAUCUUUUUCAAAUAGCAAUUUGUGAAAAUGAAGUGACACUCUAAGAUGAAAUGUUUCAUUUUGGAAAUGGAAAAAAAAUAAUAAAAAUGAACUGUUUCAACAGUUCUGAUUUUUUUGA